CAAGGUUGGGUUUUAUAAUCUUCUCAAUUUCUCUCGCUUACAACCAGUUUGGUUCCAAAUCUCAAACCCUAGGUGCGUUUCCAUCUCUUACACACGCAGUCACAGCUAUACGUGUAUAGUUCUCAAUGCUACCAGCGUAGAUUAUCUUUUCGUGAAGGUAAGGUUUGAGAGAGGUUAACAAUGGUGGAGAAGACUAAAGGUAGGAAGGAAGAGGUGGUAACCAGGGAGUACACUAUCAACCUCCACAAACGCCUCCAUGGAUGCACAUUCAAGAAGAAGGCUCCCAACGCCAUUAAAGAAAUCAGGAAAUUUACACAGAAAUCGAUGGGGACAACAGAUGUGAGAAUAGAUGUGAAGCUAAACAAGUACGUGUGGAGUAAUGGAAUCAGAAGCGUUCCUAGAAGAGUUAGAGUGCGUAUUGCACGCAAAAGGAAUGAUGAUGAAGAUGCAAAGGAAGAACUUUACUCUCUGGUCACUGUUGCAGAGAUCCCAGCUGAAGGGCUCAAGGGUCUUGGAACAAAGAUCAUUGACGAUGAAGAUUGAUUAAUGGGAUCUUCUUUUUGAGUUUAAAAUCAGGAGUUGCUUUUUUUUAGAAUUGGUAUUUCAUUCGGAUUAUACAACAUUUGUUGUUUUACUUGUGAUGACUGAUGGAUGUUAUAUACUGGGUGUUUGCUGUUUUUUUCUAAGGGGGAUAUAGUGAAGUUCAAGGGUUUUGAAUUAUGAUGUAUAUGGUUUUGAAUUUCCUUGUUUGUUGAUACAUUCAACUCAAUAUCUGAAGAUAGCCUAAAUCAUCCUGAA